GCUGAACCAUGAAGAAAAGACACUGUAUUGGAAUGUCAUGCAUCAUAAUUACGAUAAUGUGGCUUGGCUGAGUGUGGAGACAGGCAGGAAGAGGGAAAAGGACUCCUGCGAGGAAGCUUCUGAACCUAAAGGGAAGUUGCUGAAAAAAUACAACAAGGAAAUUUCCUGGAGCAUUGAGCAAGAUUUGAUUAGGGAGAACCAUCUGGAAAGGCAGCCAAAAAGCAGUUCAGUGGAAAAAGAUGUCAGUCUUUUCAUCAGUGGUUUGAAGGAAAUAGCCACAGAUGCUGAACUAGGCUUGGGGACUGUGUAUGUAUGUCAUGAUUAUAGAAAAGGAGAAGAAUCAUCCUCAAUUGUUGCUAGUAGGAAAAGCCCCAGAGAUGAAGAUGCUGAACCCACAAUACAGGAGUACUCAGAGAAGAAAAUCCCUCAGAAUCCUGAGGAAAAUUUAAUCAAGGAGGGCCAGAAGGAUGUGGAGAGGCAGCAGUCAAACAACUCUAGAGUGGAAGAGAAUUUAAUUCCUUUUAGAAAAGCCUUGAGGGACCAUCAAGACAAUAGGCCAGGGCAGGGGACUCUCUGCAUGGCUGUUGAUGGUGGGGACCAAGAUGAAUCCUUAACACUUCUCCAUGAUCAGAACAUCACCACAGAGGAUGACUUGGAAUGUGUGACCCUACCUGAGGGAUCGUCAUUUAUAUCAGAAGAAGAAAUUUCCCAGAGUCCUGAGAAAGAUUCUCUGCCUGAGCCAAUAUACGCUUACUCAUUCACUGAAUUGAAUAGGACUUACUCCGGGGAAAAUGUGAAUGGGACAGCAGCCUUAAUCAGUCAGAAGACCAUCAUUCUGGACAGGGAGCAGAUCAGUAGCCCAGGGCAGGAAGGAGGAGAAACGACAUCCAUUCUUUCUAGAAAUGGUUUGCCAGAACUGACCGAAGACCAGCUUCUCUUACAUUCUCAACCAACACCAGAGCCCCAGCCUACAGGCCCCAAUCCUGAGGAAUCUUCAGAAUGUAACAGUAGUCAAAACAGCCAAGGAGAAGAGCUGUUUGAAGGCCCCAGUAAUAAGAGACACUUCAUUCAGAGUUCAGCUUCUACCACACAGCCCACCUGCUCUGAUUCUGGGGGAAAUUCCAGCAGUCUCUCAGUUUUGGUAAAACACAGAAAGUUUGGCAAAAAAAGAAAACCUUGUAGUGGGAGAAACAUGCCUGUCAGAUCUGUCCUGGGGACACAGUGGAGGAUUUCCCCAGGAGGGAAGCUACAUAAACGUCUGAAUUGGAACUGUUGGGCCUCCAGAAAACGGGGAUGCAGAUUUCCUGAGCUGCAAAUGGGCCUGAGAAAAAACAGUUCUGUAAAUAUUAAUGCCCAGCCCCAUGAAACUCCACAAACAGCAACAGAGGAGCACAGAACCACCUCAGAGACAGCUUCUUCCUCAUACACCAGGGAAGCGAAAUCUUGGCAAAGAGCUCCCUCCUCUUCCCUUCUAGACAAAAUGGCUGCUGAGCCUAUUGUGGCACAUAUAUUGACAGUACUGGAGCAGAUAGCUGCAGACACGGCAGAAAUUAAGUCUACGGUCUCCAGGCUGCACCCCACAGUGGCUGACAUGCAGAAGGCCCUAAAGAACCUCUCUGGCUGCACCGUUGAUGCUGAGCAUUGGAUCUCGGAUUUGGAGUUCCGGAAUACCAAGGCCCAGCUGAUGCAGUGUUGCAAUGAUAUUAAGGCUAUUGAAGCCAAGCUGGCUGGGAAAGCUGUGCAGACCAAUAUCAUAGCAGGACUGAGGCCAUCGCAGGGGAUCAAGAGAGAAUUGUGCCCCUGAUGCUGCCCCCCCCACUUGA